CCUGCUUCCUGCGUUUGAUCAAUUCUGAUUGGCCAUUCACCGUGAGAAAGCUCCCCGCCAUUGCCGAUGACUCCAUCUCAUCAACUGAAACUGAUUGCUAUACCGGUUAUUUGCUCUCUCGAGUGUUGGUUUACUAUGCAAUAAUCGGUCUAUCUUUGUUGAGGGAUCCUUGUCUCUUGUAUUAAUGUAUAGACGGCUAGCUACACGAUAUUGCUCCGCCAUUACACCCUUCCCUCGACUAUCUCGCCCAAGAUCCUUGACUCAGCAACAUUCCUCCUCCCCCAUCUCGCGAGAUUCCCAAAUUUCAUGGCCAACUGGAGGCCAGCCAAGAUUCGCCAUGGUUUCCCUGCCCCUAUUCAAAAUCGCUGCUCUCUUUGUACGGCAUAUCUCCAAAUAUGGCGCGAAUCACAUCAAGCACCAAGCCCAUGAACAUCCACGCUUUCGCGCCUUCGCUGCCAGAUACGGCCAGGUCAUCCACCAAAUAAACAUGCGACUGUCGGUUGCUACGAUGCGCAAUACCGAAGCUGCUCAGAAAGCAAAGGAGAAAGCCGAAGCGCCCACAGUCAAGACAGAAGAGCAAGUCAAGCGGGAGGAAGAGCUCAAGGCCAAAUAUGGGACCACCCCACGAGACUCUCACCCUGUUAAGGAGCCACCAAAAAGCAUCUGGAGGCGACAAUUUAGGGCUCUUCCUGAAGCCAAGGCUGUGGAUUUGUUUGCGGAUGUUAUUGGCGAUGCGUUCAUCUUGGCCAUUGCCACCGGGUUGGUCACUUAUGAGUACUGGAGAACCUCUCAGAAACCAGACAAGAACAAGGAGAUGAUCCAAGAGUUGGAGAAACAAGUUGAGGAGUUAAAGCAGAGGGGUGAGGAGCUUGAGGAAGCAGAAAAGCAGCAGCGAGAGAGGGUGCGGCUGAUUGAGGAGGCUCUGAGGGCAUUCAAAGACCCAAAGACAAAGCAGCCCCUUUUGGCUACCCCUGCAGCAUAA